CGUUUACUUACAUUCUAAUGUAGGAUGUGUUAAUGUUCAACAUUUUAAAUAGGCCAAAUUGUUAUAGAUGCAAAUAAAAAAAUUAUGUUACAAUUCAACAUAUUAUUCAAAUUUUUCAAUUUCGCUUGUUUUCAGGUAUUUCAGUGGUCCGAAAUAUAAAGAGGCGUUGAAGGCACUCGACGUCACCCCGUCUCUGAAAAAACACACAAAACGUGCCUUGGCCUGUUUGUAGCUUGCCAUAUCCUAAUACGCGGCGGGAGAGUUGGCUACUUUUCUUGUAUGAAGGUAGGCGAGCUCAAACAGGCCAGGGAAUAUGAAGACGAAGGGUUGAUCCAAAUCGUAGUGGAGGAGCAAAAAAUUAAGGACGAGAUAGGUUUUCUCACAAUGUCACGAGAAGACUACCAAAUGUUUUUAAAGCUGGUCAACACGUUUAAAAAUGUAAACGAAAGAGAAGACACGGAAUACGCAUUAUCAACCUCUUCCAAGGAAAAAAUGCGUGUGGACAAAUGCGUAAGAUCCUCACUGGCGAAAGUAUUUGGUGAAAAUAUUAGCAUUACUCUGACGAGGGAAACCCUGGCCUCAAGUAUACCAGAACACCAGCAGAGGGAUGUGGCCAGGGCUAUGGGCCACUCAUUAGAAGUAGCCCGUAAAAAUCAUCAUUUACUGCACAAAGGGCAAACAGAUCCGGUAUUUCCCGCCCGUCUGAUAAACCCUCAACCUCCGGAAUUUCCGAAACACACCUACCAUCCCCCUCAAAAUACCAAACGCCCAAAAAAAGAAAAGCGCGUCCAGAUUUUGUAUCUCCGAGGACAAAAGCAAUUAGAGCUACAGUUCCUCGCAAGACCUUAAUAUCCUCAAGUGAUAGGAUGUGGUUGUAUUUCCAC